AUGAUAACGUUAUUAUUAAAACGAUAUAGGGGAAUGAUACUUUCUAGUCUUUUGUUUUUUUACCUAGGUUGUGGAAUAGCUUUAAGUUUUAUUAAAAUGGAAUGUGCUUCAGAUAUUUCAAACUUAGAAUUUAGAAGCAAAAACUCAUCAAUAUACGAAAAGACUGAAUAUGCGGUGCUUGUUAUAAGCAGUCCAGAUAAUGAAAUGAAAAGAGACGCUAUAAGGGCGACGUGGGCUAAUUUUAUUAAUAAUAUAUUCAUUGAAAACGGUGAAACGUUAUUCAAAUGGAACAACUCCAGGCUCGGAAAAAAUAAAAAAACAGAUUUAAUAAAAAUAUUUUUCGUAAUUGGAACACAAAAUCUAGAAAAGGAUAAGCUCAUUAAAAUUGAUAAUGAACUUAGCAGAAGUAAUGAUUUACUACUGUUGAAUAAGUUUGAGGAUUCCUAUGAGAAUCUUACAUUAAAGUUACUUUAUUCUCUAGAUUUUCUUAGCAAUAAUUUAAAGCAAUUAAAAUAUGUUAUUAAAUGUGAUGACGACUCAUUUGUUAGGGUUGACUUGAUAGUGAAAGAUUUGGAAGCUUUUGGACCUAAAAUGGAUGAUGCAUCUAUUAGUUCUUAUGUUACUUAUAAGGAGACAGCACAAAACCAAAAAGGAUUAUAUUGGGGAUAUUUUAAUGGGAGAGCUCAAGUAUUUUUAAGUGGGAAAUGGCAGGAAAAGAAAUGGUUUCUUUGUGACACCUAUCUUCCUUAUGCUCUAGGAGGUGGCUAUGUUAUAUCCAACAGCAUAGUUGAUUAUAUUUCAAGAAACUUGGAGUAUUUAAGUAUAUAUAAUUCUGAAGAUGUAUCAAUGGGUGUAUGGACGGCAGCAUUAAAUGGUAUAAAUCGAGUGCAUGAUACAAGAUUUGACACACAGUGGAAGUCUCGUGGAUGUGACAACAACAUGUUGAUACGGCAUAAACAAAGUCCAAGUGAUAUGUUGCAAAUGUAUAAAAACUUGAUAGAAACCAAAGGCUUAGGACUCUGUAAGUCACAGUCCGUACUACGUAAGUCUUAUAAAUAUAAUUGGAAUGUACUCCCUAGUAUGUGUUGUAAAUAA